AUGUCUACUCAUAGACCUUUUCAAUUAACUCACGGUGCUAUCGAACACACUUUAUUAGUUCCAAACGAAUUAUUUUUUAACUAUUCACAAUUAAAAGAUGAAUUCAUAAAGACUUUACCUGAACCAACUGAAGGUUUCGCUGGUGACGAUGAACCUUCCAGUCCUGCUGAAUUAUAUGGUAAAUUCCUUGGUUUCAUCAGUGAUAACACUGUCCAAUUCCCACAAAUCGUACAAUUAUCCUUGCAAGAUUUCCAACAACGUUUCUUGGAUAACCAUGAUAAUAUCCACUCCUUUGCUGUCAGAUUAUUAGAUGAUGAAGCUUACCCAACCACCAUUACCAAAGUCAAAGAAAAUAUCAUCAAGAACUACUACAAAGCAAUCAAAUCUAUCGACAAAGUUGAAUCAAACUUGUUGUACCAUUGCAAACACGACGCCAAAUUAGCUGCUAUUUUCGGUGGUCAAGGUAACACUGAUGAUUACUUUGAAGAAUUGCGUGAAUUGUACACUUUAUAUCAAGGUUUGAUUGAAGACCUUCUUAUUUCCAUCGCUGACAAGUUGGAUGAAUUAUACCCUUCUUUUGACAAGAUUUUCACCCAAGGUUUGAAUGUCUUGGGCUGGUUGAAACACCCAGAAACCACUCCAGAUCAAGAUUACUUGUUGUCAGUUCCAGUAAGUUGUCCUGUCAUCUGUAUCAUUCAAUUGUGUCACUACACCAUUACCUGUAAGGUGCUUGGCUUAACACCAGGUGAAUUCAGAGACUCCUUGAAGUGGUCCACUGGUCACUCUCAAGGUUUGGUUACUGCUACUGCUAUUUCCAGCUCUGAUUCCUGGGAUUCAUUCAAACAAAACUCCAUUACCGCUGUUUCCUUGUUACUUUUCAUUGGUGCCAGAUGUUUGAUGGCUUACCCAAGAACCACUUUACCACCAACUAUGUUGCAAGACUCUUUAGAACACGGUGAAGGUAGACCAUCUCCAAUGUUGUCUGUCAGAGAUUUGACUAUUACUCAAGUUGAAAAAUUCAUCGAACAAACCAAUUCCCACUUGCCAAAGGAAAAACACAUUGCCAUCAGUUUGGUCAAUGGUGCUAGAAACUUGGUUCUUUCUGGUCCUCCAGAAUCCCUUUACGGUUUCAACUUGAACUUGAGAAACCAAAAGGCUCCAAUGGGUUUAGAUCAAUCCCGUGUCCCAUUUAGUGAACGUAAAUUGAAAUGUUCCAACAGAUUCUUGCCAAUUUUUGCUCCAUUCCACUCCCAUUUAUUAGCUGAUGCCACUGAAUUCAUUUUGGAUGAUGCUAAGGAACACAGAUUGUCCUUCCAAAAAUUGAAGAUUCCAGUUUAUGACACCUUUGAUGGUUCCAACUUCCAAGACAGCAAAGAACCAGUCAUUGAAAGAGUUGUUAAAUUGAUCACUGAAUUGCCAGUUCACUGGGAAACCGCCACCAACCACAAGGCUACCCAUAUCUUAGAUUUCGGUCCAGGUGGUGUUUCUGGUUUGGGUGUUUUGACCCACAGAAACAAGGAAGGUACUGGUGCUAGAAUUAUUGUUGCUGGUGCUCUUGAUUCCAACCCAAUUGAUGAUGAGUAUGGUUUCAAGCACGAAAUCUUCCAUACCUCCUCUGAUAAAUCCAUCAAAUGGGCUUCCGAUUGGUUGGAAGAAUACAAGCCAACUUUGGUCAAGACCUCUCAAGGUAAAAUCUAUGUUAACACUAAGUUUUCCCAAUUGUUGGGUAGAGCUCCAUUGAUGGUUCCAGGUAUGACCCCAACUACUGUCAACCCAGACAUCAUUGCUGCCUCUUUGAAUGCUGGUUACCACAUUGAAUUAGCCGGUGGUGGUUACUUUGCUGGUAGUAUCAUGACCAAAGCUAUUGAUCAAAUUGUUGCCAACAUUAAACCAGGUUACGGUUUGGGUAUCAACUUGAUCUACGUUAACCCAUUCAUGUUGCAAUGGGGUAUUCCAUUGAUCAAGGAAUUGAGAGAAAAAGGUUACCCAAUUCAAUCUUUGACCAUUGGUGCUGGUGUUCCUUCCUUGGAAGUUGCCACUGAAUACAUUGAAGAAUUGGGUCUUACUCACUUGGGUUUGAAACCAGGUUCUAUUGAUGCCAUUAGUCAAGUUAUUACCAUUGCCAAAGCUCAUCCAAAAUUCCCAAUUGUCUUGCAAUGGACUGGUGGUAGAGGUGGUGGUCACCAUUCUUUUGAAGAUUUCCACCAACCAAUUCUUCAAAUGUACUCCAAGAUUAGAAGAUGUUCAAACAUUGUCUUGGUUGCUGGUUCUGGUUUUGGUUCUGAUGAAGACACCUACCCAUACUUGACUGGUUCUUGGUCCAAGAAAUUCAACUACCCACCAAUGCCAUACGAUGGUGUUUUGUUCGGUUCAAGAGUUAUGACCGCUAAGGAAGCACACACCUCCUUGGAAGCUAAGAAAUUGAUUGCUUCUUGUCCAGGUGUUCCAGAUGAAAAAUGGGAACAAACUUACAAGAAACCAACUGGUGGUAUCAUCACUGUUAGAUCUGAAAUGGGUGAACCAAUCCACAAGAUUGCUACCAGAGGUGUUAUGUUCUGGAAAGAGUUGGAUGACACUAUUUUCAACCUUCCAAAAGCCAAAGCUUUGGAAGCUAUCAAGAAGAAGAGAGAUUACAUUAUCAAGAGAUUGAACAGUGAUUUCCAAAAACCAUGGUUUGGUAAGAAUGCUAGUGGUGUCUGUGACUUACAAGAAAUGACCUACGAAGAAAUUGCCAACAGAUUGGUUGAAUUGAUGUAUGUUAAGAAAUCUCAAAGAUGGAUUGACGUUUCCUUGAGAAACUUGUAUGGUGACUUCUUAAGAAGAGUUGAAGAAAGAUUCACUUCCGCUUCCGGUGUUGUUUCCAUGUUGCAAAAUUUCGCCCAAUUGAAUGAACCAGUUACAUUCACUGCCGAAUUCUUCAAGAAAUUCCCACAAGCUAAGGAUCAAUUGAUUUCUGAAGAAGAUGCCGAUCACUUUUUGUUGUUGGCUGCCAGACCUGCUCAAAAACCAGUUCCAUUUGUUCCAGUCUUGGAUGAAAGAUUUGAAUUUUUCUUCAAGAAAGAUUCCCUUUGGCAAUCUGAAGAUUUGGAAAGUGUUGUUGAUGAAGAUGUUCAAAGAACUUGUAUCUUGCACGGUCCAGUCGCUUCCCAAUUCACCAAGAAGGUUGAUGAACCAAUUGGUGAAAUUUUGGAUUCUAUCCACGAAGGUCACAUUGCUAGAUUGGUCAAGGAUGAGUAUGCUGGUGAUGAAUCUAAGAUUCCAGUUGUUGAAUACUUUGGUGGCUACAAGACUGACAAAGUCUCUGUCGACAAUGUUCAAAUUAACGCUACCAGAAAGGAAACCGUUUAUGAAAUUGGCUCUAAAUUGCCAGCUAAACAAGAUUGGUUAGAUUUGUUGGCCGGUACUGAAUUGAACUGGUUGCAUGCUUUCAUCUCCACCAAGAGAAUUGUUCAAGGUUCCAAACAUGUUGCUAACCCAUUGCAUGACAUCUUAGCUCCUGUUGCUAGAUCUAGUGUUUCUAUUGACAAGGCUACCAGCAAAUUGACUGCUUUUGAAAAAGUCAAGGGAGAGUUAGUUCCAGUUGUUGAAAUUGAAUUGAUUAAACCAAACACCAUUCAAUUGUCUUUAAUUGAACACAGAACUGCUGAUGGUAAACCAGUUGCUUUGCCAUUCUUGUACAAGUAUGAUCCUGCUGAUGGUUUUGCUCCAGUCUUGGAAAUCAUGGAAGACAGAAAUGACAGAAUCAAGGAAUUCUACUGGAAAUUGUGGUUCGGUUCUUCUGUUCCAUACAACAAUGACAUUAAUGUUGAAGAACAAAUUUUGGGUGAUGAAAUUACUAUUUCUAGUCAAGAUAUCAGUGAAUUUACCCAUGCUAUUGGUAACAAAUGUGAUGCUUUUGUUAACAGACCAGGUAAGGUUACCUUGGCUCCAAUGGAUUUCGCCAUUGUUGUUGGUUGGAAAGCAAUCAUCAAAUCCAUUUUCCCAAAGACUGUUGAUGGUGAUUUGUUGAAAUUGGUUCAUUUGUCCAAUGGUUACAAGAUGGUCCCUGGUGCUGCUCCAUUGCAAAAGGAUGAUGUUGUCUCUACCAAGGCUGAUAUCAAAGCUGUUUUGAACCAACCAAGUGGUAAAUUGGUCGAAGUUGUUGGUACUAUUUUCCGUGAAGGUCAACCAGUCAUGGAAGUUACUUCCCAAUUCUUGUACCGUGGUGAAUACGAAGAUUACUGCAACACCUUCCAAAAGGUUACUGAAACCCCAGUUCAAGUUUCUUUCAAAUCACCAAAGGAUUUGGCUGUCUUGAGAUCCAAAGAAUGGUUCCAUUUGGAAAAAGAUGUUGAAUUUGACGCUUUGACUUUCAGAUGUGAAUCCACCUAUAAAUUCAAGUCUGCCAAUGUUUACUCUUCCAUUAGAACUACCGGUCAAGUUUUCUUGGAGUUGUCUACUAAAGAAGUUAUCCAAGUUGGUUCUGUUGACUACGAGGCUGGUACCUCUUAUGGUAACCCAGUCACUGACUAUUUGGCAAGAAACGGUAAGACCAUUGAAGAAGCUGUCACUUUUGAAAAUGUUAUUCCAUUGUCAUCUGGUGAAGAAUUGACUACCAAAGCUCCAGGUACUAAUGAACCAUAUGCCAUUGUUUCUGGUGAUUACAACCCAAUUCAUGUUUCCAGAGUUUUUGCUGCUUAUGCUAAAUUGCCAGGUACCAUCACUCACGGUAUGUACUCAUCUGCUGCUAUCAGAGCUUUGGUUGAAGAAUGGGCUGCCAACAAUGUUGCUUCAAGAGUUAGAGCUUUCAAAUGUGAUUUCGUUGGUAUGGUUUUGCCAAAUGAUACUUUGCAAACUACUAUGGAACACGUUGGUAUGAUUAACGGUCGUAAGAUCAUCAAGGUCAAGACUGUUAAUGCUGAAACUGAAACCCCAGUUUUGCUUGCUGAAGCUGAAAUUGAACAACCAACCACCACUUAUGUCUUUACUGGUCAAGGGUCUCAAGAACAAGGUAUGGGUAUGGACUUGUACAAUUCUUCUGAAGUUGCCCGUAAUGUUUGGGAUACUGCUGAUCAACAUUUCAUCAACAACUAUGGUUUCUCCAUUUUGGAUAUUGUUCAAAACAAUCCUAAGGAGUUGACCAUUCACUUUGGUGGUGCUAAAGGUAGAGCUAUUAGAGACAACUAUAUUGGUAUGAUGUUUGAAACCAUUGGUGAAGAUGGUGCUUUGAAAUCCGAAAAGAUUUUCAAAGACAUUGAUGAAAACACCACCUCCUACACCUUUGUCUCCGACACAGGUUUGUUGUCUGCUACUCAAUUCACCCAACCUGCUUUGACUUUGAUGGAAAAAGCAGCUUAUGAUGAUAUUAAAUCCAAGGGUUUGAUUCCAAGUGAUAUCAUGUUUGCUGGUCACUCUCUUGGUGAAUAUUCUGCUUUGACUUCUUUGGCCAAUGUUAUGCCAAUUGAAUCUUUAGUUGAUGUUGUUUUCUACAGAGGUAUGACCAUGCAAGUUGCUGUUCCAAGAGACGAAUUUGGUAGAUCCAAUUAUGGUAUGGUUGCCGUCAACCCAACUAGAGUUAGUCCAACUUUCAACGAUGCUGCUUUACGUUUUGUUGUUGAUGAAGUUGCCAAGAAGACCACUUGGUUAUUGGAAAUUGUUAAUUACAAUGUUGAAAAUCAACAGUAUGUUGCUGCUGGUGACUUGAGAGCUUUGGAUACUUUGACCAAUGUUUUGAAUGUCUUGAAAAUCAACAAGAUUGAUAUUGUCAAAUUGCAAGAGCAAUUGUCUCUUGAUAAAGUUAGAGAACACUUGUAUGAGAUUGUUGAUGAAGUUGCUGCUAAAUCUCUUGCUAAACCACAACCAAUUGAAUUAGAAAGAGGUUUUGCUGUUAUCCCAUUGAAGGGUAUUUCUGUUCCAUUCCACUCUUCCUACUUGAUGUCUGGUGUUAAGCCAUUCCAAAGAUUCUUGUGCAAGAAGAUCCCAAAGACUUCUAUUAAACCACAAGACUUGAUUGGUAAGUAUAUUCCAAACUUGACUGCCAAGCCAUUUGAACUUACCAAGGAAUACUUCCAAGAUGUUUACGACUUGACUAAAUCUGAAAAGAUCAAGAAUAUCUUGGACAACUGGGAAAAAUAUGAAUAA